GUUUCGAGCAACGGAGUAAAGUGGAACUUACCGAACGACUGGCCCUCUUCCAAAAAACCACCAGAUAUUGGCUACUUGCUCAUUAUAAAGGAGGAAAUCAUCUACCGAAUCCCAAUUAUACUGGAUAUCACACGCAUAGACGAGACCAAGAGGGAUAAAAACGAUCCCAAUGAACGAAGACUUUCCCUCCCCGCGACGAAUGAGAAUGAAAUUUGUGUCAUGAUGAAGACGUGCGCCGCUAAAAACCUGGAAGAUGCUCUGAAGGAGCUCUUUCAAUAUCGCGACUGGGUCAAAAUUCUUGCUGCUUCCCCACUUCCUGAUCAGGUUAGAAGAGGUGAGAUCUGCUGCGAAUUUUAA